AUGGCCAAGGGUGAAAGUGACAAUGCUGAAGAGGGGCCUGUCUUACCCUGCUUCUGCUCCUUCAGGGAGCUGAGCAUGCUUGUGGGCAGCAACGGUAGGUCCACGCUGACCUUCAUCGUUUUGCUUCUUUGCCUUCCAGAAGGAUUUGCCCCUGCCCCGGAAAAGCAGCAGGCCUAUGAACGCUCUGAGAGCUUGGAGGUGGCCUUUGUUACUCAGCUGGUGAAGAAGUUGCUUAUUAUCAUCUCACGUCCCGCGAGGCUGCUGGAGUGCCUGGAAUUCAACCCCGAGGAGUUCUACCACCUGCUGGAAGCAGCCGAGGGACACGCCAAGGAGGGCCACCUUGUCAAGACAGACAUCCCCCGCUACAUCAUCCGCCAGCUGGGCCUCACCCGUGACCCCUUUCCAGGUGCUGGCUGCUGCCGCACCAGUAACCGGAAAAGCCUCAUCCUGACCAGCACUUCGCCCACGCUGCCGAGACCCCACUCCCCGCUGCCAGGUCACCUAGGCAGCAGUCCCCUGGACAGCCCCCGAAACUUCUCCCCCAACACCCCCGCCCACUUCUCAUUUGCCUCCUCCCGAAGGGCGGACGGACGCCGGUGGUCUCUGGCCUCGCUCCCUUCAUCUGGCUAUGGCACCAACACGCCCAGUUCCACCGUCUCGUCCUCCUGCUCCUCCCAGGAGCGCCUGCACCAGCUGCCCUACCAGCCCACGGUGGACGAGCUCCACUUCCUCUCCAAACACUUCGGGAGCACCGAGAGCAUCACAGACGAGGAUGGUGGCCGUCGCUCCCCAGCCGUGCGUCCCCGCUCACGGAGCCUCAGCCCCGGGCGCUCCCCCUCCUCCUACGACAACGAGAUCGUGAUGAUGAAUCAUGUCUACAAGGAGAGGUUCCCGAAGGUGAGGGCGGACGGACGCCGGUGGUCUCUGGCCUCGCUCCCUUCAUCUGGCUAUGGCACCAACACGCCCAGUUCCACCGUCUCGGGCCGCAGCAGCAAGGCCAAGAAACCUCCCGGGGAGAAUGACUUUGACACCAUCAAGCUCAUAAGCAACGGCGCCUACGGGGCUGUUUACCUGGUGCGGCACCGUGACACACGGCAGCGCUUUGCCAUGAAAAAGAUCAACAAGCAGAACUUGAUCCUCCGCAACCAGAUCCAGCAGGCCUUCGUGGAGCGCGACAUCCUCACCUUCGCCGAGAACCCGUUUGUGGUUGGCAUGUUCUGCUCCUUCGAGACUCGGCGCCACCUCUGCAUGGUCAUGGAAUAUGUGGAAGGCGGCGACUGUGCCACUCUGCUGAAGAAUAUCGGAGCGCUGCCGGUAGAGAUGGCCCGCAUGUACUUUGCCGAGACGGUGCUAGCCCUGGAGUAUUUGCACAACUAUGGCAUCGUGCACCGCGACCUCAAGCCUGACAACCUCCUUAUCACCUCCAUGGGUCACAUCAAGCUCACAGAUUUCGGCCUUUCCAAAAUGGGGCUCAUGAGCCUUACCACCAACUUAUAUGAAGGCCACAUCGAGAAGGACGCCCGGGAGUUCCUGGACAAACAGGUGUGUGGGACCCCAGAGUACAUCGCGCCCGAGGUCAUCCUGCGUCAAGGCUACGGCAAGCCAGUGGACUGGUGGGCCAUGGGGAUCAUCCUCUACGAGUUCCUGGUGGGCUGUGUGCCCUUCUUCGGAGACACGCCAGAGGAGCUGUUUGGACAGGUCAUCAGUGAUGACAUCCUGUGGCCCGAGGGGGAUGAAGCCCUACCCACAGAGGCCCAACUCCUCAUAUCCAGCCUCCUGCAGACCAACCCUCUGGUCAGGCUUGGGGCAGGUGGCGCUUUUGAGGUGAAGCAGCACAGUUUCUUUCGAGACCUGGACUGGACAGGGCUGCUGAGGCAGAAGGCCGAGUUCAUCCCCCACCUAGAGUCGGAAGAUGACACUAGCUACUUUGACACCCGCUCAGACAGGUAUCACCAUGUGAACUCCUAUGACGAGGAUGACACGACGGAGGAGGAGCCCGUGGAAAUCCGCCAGUUCUCUUCCUGCUCUCCGCGCUUCAGCAAGGUGUAUAGCAGCAUGGAGCAGCUGUCGCAGCACGAGCCCAAGACCCCAGUAGCGGCUGCAGGGAGCAGCAAGCGGGAGCCGAGCACCAAGGGCCCCGAGGAGAAGGUGGCCGGCAAGCGGGAGGGGCUGGGCGGCCUGACCCUGCGUGAGAAGACCUGGAGAGGGGGCUCUCCGGAGAUCAAGCGAUUCUCCGCGUCCGAGGCCAGUUUCCUGGAGGGAGAGGCCAGUCCACCGUUGGGCGCCCGUCGCCGUUUCUCCGCGCUGCUGGAGCCCAGCCGCUUCAGCGCACCCCAAGAGGACGAGGAUGAGGCCCGGCUGCGCAGGCCUCCCCGGCCCAGCUCCGACCCCCCGGGCUCCCUGGAUGCACGGGCCGCCAAAGAGGAGACUCAAGGGGAAGGCACCUCCAGCGCCGGGGACUCCGAGGCCACUGACCGCCCACGCCCAGGUGACCUCUGCCCACCCUCGAAGGAUGGGGAUGCAUCAGGCCCAAGGGCUACCAAUGACCUGGUUCUGCGCCGGGCGCGGCACCAGCAGAUGUCAGGGGACGCGGCAGUAGAGAAGAGGCCUUCUCGAACCGGGGGCAAAGUCAUCAAGUCAGCCUCAGCCACUGCCUUAUCUGUCAUGAUUCCUGCAGUGGACCCACAUGGAAGCUCACCCCUUGCUAGUCCCAUGUCUCCACGAUCUCUGUCCUCCAACCCAUCCUCACGGGACUCCUCACCCAGCCGGGACUACUCACCAGCUGUCAGUGGGCUCCGCUCCCCCAUAACCAUCCAGCGCUCGGGCAAGAAGUAUGGCUUCACACUGCGUGCCAUCCGUGUCUACAUGGGUGACUCGGAUGUCUAUAGUGUCCACCACAUUGUCUGGCACGUGGAGGAAGGAGGCCCAGCCCAGGAGGCAGGACUCUGUGCUGGGGACCUCAUCACCCACGUGAAUGGGGAGCCUGUGCAUGGCAUGGUGCAUCCUGAGGUCGUGGAGCUGAUCCUUAAGAGUGGCAACAAGGUAGCAGUGACCACAACGCCCUUCGAAAAUACCUCUAUCCGCAUUGGUCCCGCAAGGCGCAGCAGCUACAAGGCCAAAAUGGCUCGGAGGAACAAACGACCUUCCGCCAAGGAGGGCCAGGAGAGGUGGCCUCUGGGCGCGGACUCCAAGGGGUUGCAGGAACCCGCACCCCUGGCGCCUUCCGUGCCCGAGGCCCCCAGGGGCCGGGAGCGCUGGGUGUUGGAAGUGGUGGAGGAGCGCACCACGCUGAGCGGGCCUCGCUCCAAGCCUGCCUCCCCAAAGCUCUCCCCGGAGCCCCAGACACCCUCCCUAGCCCAGGCGAAGUGCAGUGCACCCAGCAGUGCAGUGACCCCAGCCCCACCGGCUUCCCUCUUGGGCUCGGGCACCAAGCCUGAAGUGGGGCUGACCUCCCGGUGCCCUGCUGAAGCUCUGCCCCCAGCAGGCCUGACCAAAAAAGGAGUGUCCAGUCCCGCACCCCCGGGACCGUAGCUAAGGUGGGCGUUGGCCCCACGCUGUACAGCCUCCUGUAUACAUAUGUACACAUAUAAAUAAAGUGCGUCCGUGCUGCGUGA